CCAACUCGAUCUUGUAAACAUUUUUGGGUGUGAAAUGACAGGCCAAAGAGAGAAGGUUGCAGUAGCCAUAGACAAAGACAAAGGGAGCCAAGCUGCAUUGAAAUGGGCCGUCGAUAAUCUGUUGGGCAAAGGCAAAAGUGUUAACCUUGUUCACGUCAAACUCAAGGCCAAUGAAUCCACCAAAGAAGUCUUCCUUCCUUUCCGUUGCUUUUGCACUCGCAAAAACAUUCAAGUGAAUGAAGUGAUAAUACAAGACUCGGACGUGGCAAAGGCCGUGAGCGACUACAUUAAGAUCAACUCAAUCGAGACACUGGUGAUGGGUUCCUCGCCCAAGAAUGGCUUUGUCAGAUUCAAGACUGUUGAUAUUCCAGGCAACGUCAUGAAAAUGGCGCCAGAGUACUGCACUGUUUACGCGAUCUCCAAAGGGAAGGUGGCAUCCUGUAGAUCUACCUCGAUUCCCAACCAAAGAGAGCAUGAGCGCGAGCGAGAGAGUUCAGUUCAUAACUCAUUCAAUGGAGGCCGAGCCAAGCCAUCAAUGGAGGAAACAGAUUCAAUCAGGUCGGCCUUCACCAGAGACAAAGCUAAGCGGUCGUAUGGAGAGUUUUCAAUGGGUGAGAGCGACAUAUCAUUUGUGGGGACAGCCAGGCCAAGCACUGACCGCAUAUUCGAUCAUGAUCCGUUCAUUCCAGCUCGUCUCUCCAGCAGCUCCGACCAAGAUAGCCGUUUGAGUUUUGGAUCUCCAUUCUCCAAUCCUAGAUCAUCUGAUGCUACCACUAACAGUUUUGGAGUAUACUCAUCCACCUCCCAGGAAAGUGGAAACUUUUCGUGGUCGGGCUCCCAAACCAUGGACGAUGUCGAAGCAGAGAUGAGAAGGCUGAAGCAGGAGCUCAAACAGACCAUGGACAUGUACAGCACAGCAUGCAAAGAAGCACUCACAGCCAAACAGAAGGCACUCGAGCUUCAUCGCUGGAAAGUAGAAGAAGAACAACGACUUGAGGAGGCACGCCAAGCUGAGGAAGCCGCAUUAGCAAUUGCAGAGAAGGAGAAACAAAAAUGCAGGGCUGCUGUCGAGAAAGCAGAAGCCGCUCAGAGAAUAGCUGAACUCGAAGCACAAAAAAGAAUCAAUGCCGAAAUGAAGGCACUCAAAGAAGCAGAGGAGAAGAACAGAGUGCUCAAUAAGUUUACACAAAAUGAUGUCCGAUAUCGCAAGUACAGCAUUGAGGAUAUUGAAUCAGCCACCGACUACUUUGCAGAAUCUCGUAAAAUUGGGGAAGGCGGAUACGGGCCAGUCUACAAGAGCUGCCUAGAUCAUACACAAGUUGCAAUAAAGGUUCUUCGCCCAGAUGCAGCCCAGGGAAGAUCACAGUUUCAGCAGGAAGUGGAAGUUCUAAGUUGCAUUCGGCAUCCUAACAUGGUUCUCCUCCUAGGAGCAUGUCCAGAGUAUGGAUGCCUUGUCUACGAGUACAUGGCUAAUGGAAGCUUAGACGAUCGCCUAUUUAGGCGAGGAAACACUCCAGUGAUCCCUUGGCAACUCAGAUUUCGUAUUGCUGCUGAAAUAGCCACCGGACUCCUUUUCCUCCAUCAAGCAAAGCCAGAACCACUUGUACACAGAGAUCUCAAACCAGGCAACAUUUUGCUUGACCGCAACUUUGUGAGCAAGAUCAGUGAUGUUGGGCUGGCCAGACUUGUUCCUCCUUCAGUAGCAGAUUCGGUUACACAAUACCGAAUGACAUCAGCUGCGGGAACAUUCUGCUACAUAGACCCCGAAUAUCAACAGACUGGGAUGCUUGGCAUAAAAUCAGACAUAUACUCACUUGGGGUUAUGCUGCUUCAAAUUGUAACUGCCAAACCCCCGAUGGGAUUGACUCACCACGUUGAAAAGUCGAUUGAGAGGGGGACCUUCGCUCAGAUGCUCGAUCCACAAGUUCAUGACUGGCCUGUUGAAGAGGCCAUCAUGUUUGCCAAGUUAGCACUCAAGUGCACCGAAUUGAGGAGGAAGGACAGACCUGAUCUUGGAACUGUGGUGUUACCCGAACUCAACAGAUUCAGAAUGCUUGCUGAGCAAUCCAUGCCCACCACCUAUCACUAAUUGCAAUUGCAACAUUGAUUUGAUCAACUAAUUGGAUGCAUCCAAGACAGAAGCCAUCUAACACAUUUUUGUUGAAAUCUUUUUUUGCAUCAAACUCUGCCUUGGAGCUAUAUGUUAGUUGUCAGUCACGAACCAUCUUCUUGUUAUGAAAUGUAUAAAUGUG